AUGGCAGUCGAUGAGUAUAUCCGGCGUAUUGACGCCACACGCCUGGUCAAGGGCGUUGGCUUACUCUUCAUCUUGGCUCUAUAUUCCCCCGUCAUGCAGCUGGUGCUGUCCCCUGUCUACGGGUCCUUACCUUCUCACCUGUUCCACAACUUUGGUGUCGCUUUAUCCGGUGCUGCCGGCUGGUUCCUGAAGGAUCAGAUCCAGAAGCGUGGCGGACGUAUGGCCGCUUUUAUGCUUCCAGUACUGGCAUUCUGGACUCCGACCAUUCAGUAUUUCGUGCUGCAACAGAGCUCCAAGCUUGGAAAUCCGACGGGCCCUAUUGUUACCCAGUUCUUUGGAUAUUAUCCAUUGAUCAUGCUGACCGUGGCUGUUGCUGGAAAGCAGAUUCAGUACGCUUUGAACCUGGAGUCACACGGUGAUCUGGUCGUUGAGCAUGUGCCUCUCAUUGGUUCUUAUAUCUUGUACUCCUUCGGUGAACACGUGGCUCGGGCAAUCUUGCCCCGUAUUAUCGGCGUCACUGUUGUAUUCACCAGAGCCGGUUUGCAAUUUUUGAUCGCUGCGCUUUAUGCCGUUGUCAUUCCCUCUAAGCUGCUGCUUCUGACAAUUCCGUCGAUCAUCUUCAGCGUCACCUCUGACGUCCACAUCGGCGGAGUCAGCGGUGCCAACUCAAUUAUUCAAAAGGAGGGAUAUUCCCUGCUGGCUCGCCAGGAAUCCAACACCGGGUAUAUCUCGGUCCUUGAGAACAAUCACGAUGGCUUCCGAGUCAUGCGAUGUGACCACAGUCUGCUCGGUGGCCAGUGGACUAAGGUGACCCCAGGUUAUCAUCCUCAAGUGGAAGAUCCCAUCUAUGCCGUGUUUGUCAUGCUCGAAGCCGCCCGUCUGGUCGAGUCCGAACAUGGAGAGUCUCGUGUUGAUGCCGGCAGCAAAGCGCUUGUGAUUGGACUGGGCAUUGGCACCACGCCAGCUGCUUUCAAUAAGCACGGUAUUGACACCACAGUCGUUGAGAUCGAUCCUGUUGUUCACAAAUUCGCCAUUGAAUACUUUAACUACCCAUCAAAAGGUGUCACCGUCAUCGACGAUGCUACUCGAUAUGUCAAGCAAGCCCAGCAGUCAUCAAAGGCUCAGUAUGACUAUAUUGUCCAUGAUGUGUUCACUGGUGGCGCUGAACCAGCGGAGCUGUUCACCUACGAGUUCCUGCAGGAUCUGAACGCUCUUCUCCGCGAUGAUGGUGUUAUUGCUAUUAACUACGCCGGAGAUCUCAAUUUGUACCCGACUGGUUUGAUUGCCCGCACGAUCAGGGCCAUUUUCCCAACCUGCCGUAUCUUCCGCGAGCAGCUGCCCAUUGAUGAGAAUGAUGUCUCUGAUUUCACCAACAUGGUAUUCUUCUGCAAGAAGAGCUCUACCACGCCUCUCACGUUCCGUUCUCCCGUUUCUGCCGACUACCUUGGUAGCAGGGCGCGUGAGACCUACCUUAUCCCCAAGCACGAGAUCGAUCCCGCGAUCUUUGAGACUAUUCCCGAGAAUGGAAAGCGCCUCCUCAUCCAGAAAGAGGUCGGACUUUUGCACGGCUUCUUGGAUCGGGGCGCUUUGAAGCAUUGGGGCAUCAUGAGACAGGUCAUGCCUGCUGUUGUCUGGGAGAGCUGGUGA